CAGCGACAAGGCACGCAAUGCACGAGGUCGGACGCCUUUUACUUUUGGCCAUGACGGGCGUCAUUCACGCCAGCUGCCCUUGCCUGUCCGAUCUGACGACCUUCGGCAUCGUAGCAGGCGAACCAUUCCCAGCAACAAUUGGCGGCGAGAGAUACGUCUACCCGAGCGGGUACGGCACCGGAUGUGAGACUCACGACGACGGACUGGAGCCGUAUUGUGGGGAUUCCGUCGAGCCACAUCCAAAUUGGUGCACCAAACCGUGGUGCUACGUGGACAUAUCGAACUGCGACAAGCGCACGUCGCAGGGUGUGUACAAUUCGGACCUCCACUACUCGUACGCGACCUGCGGGUCGACCAAUACCUUCGACUGUUGGCGCGAGGGCACCUGCGACCGGCCACUCACCGACCUCAUCACACAGGUGAACUCGUACCUCCUGUCGAACGUGAAUGAGCUCGAGAAGGCCGAGAGCAUGCUCACGGCCACGGGCGGCUCCGACUGCGUGGACUCGACGACCUACCUGACCUCGUGCGACUGCAGCUGCUGCUCCCAGCAGCAGGGCUGGGACAACCAGCGGAUCACCUUCGACUACACGACCACCACGCCGUUCGGGGACCGGCCGGACCAGCCGCCGCCGAAGCUGGACACCUGCCUCUCCUCGGCGGUUGCGACGAGCUUCUCCCACGUUGCGCUCCUGGAGGUGGACGACACGACGAGGGUCGGGUACCAGUACUACGGCUCCUCUCUCGGCACCUACCAGCAGUGGCCCGGCACCAUCAAACCGGAGCGGACGCAGUGGUGCCCGGAGACCUACGACCCGCGCUUCCGAGACUGGUACGCCGGCGGGAUCGCCGGGCCAAAGGCCCUCGACCUCGUCCUCGUCCUCGACACGUCCGGCUCGAUGACGGGGGGGCGCAUGGACAUGGCGAGCGAUUACCAGCCGAGACUGGCCGAGAAACCACAGCACAUGCAUUUGAGCAUGGCGAUUGAUGCGGGGGUCAAAGUGAUCGACACGCUGACGAGCGUCGACUACGCCACCGUCAUCGCCUUCAGCACCGACGCGCGGCCCCUCGGCGGUCGCAGCACUCUCUUAAAGGCGACCAAGUACAACAAGGAGCGGAUGCAGAUCUUCAUCCGCGGUCUCCGCGCCAGCGGCGGCACCAACUUCAUCGGCGCAUUCGAGGCCGUGUGGGCGGCCCUCGGCUCGCCGGGCUCCGGCUGCAACGCGGUCGUGCUCUUCAUGUCGGACGGCGAGCCAACCACCGCGCCCUCGUUGGAUCAGAUCGAGGCCCAGGCCGCGGCGAGAGGCGCUCACGUGCUAACCUACGGGCUCGGCCUCGGGUCCCGCGCCGACCUCGCGCCUCGCGGGGGUGGGCGGGUGCUGCGGGACAUCGCAUGCGCCGCCAACGGCAUCUACUACCCGGUGGCCGAGGACGACAACUUGGGCGACGUGAUGGCCUCGUACUACCUCCUCCUCGCCCCGUUGACCGAGCCGGGCCAGAUGCGCCUCACGUUCUACGAAGACGUCUUCACCGAGAAGGAGCUCCGCACUGAGCUCCUCGCCGCAUGCCUCGCCGCCUUCCGGAAGGACGGCGACGACAUCCGCGGCGCCGUCCCGUCGCCGAUCGGGGUGGUCUGCAUGGACGUGCAGAUGCUCGUCGAGACCAGCGUGCUCGAGCAGCAAGAGGAGUACCCGAUCCUGCGCGACUACAUCUCGCGCCAGAGCACGGCGUGCCACAACCAGACCGCCUCCGACAGCGCGCUCCAGACGCUCCGCGACGACUACUCGGCAGCGUCGGCUUCCUACUCCACCAGCUCCGUGGUGUCGGCGCCAGUGGCGCGCCAGCUGCUGGCCACGCACCCGCUAGCAGCGUGA